ACUUAAUAGUCCGAGCAUUACUGAACUCUCUUUCUAUCACUUUCUCUCUCUUCCUCAUUGCUGAAUCCUGAGCUCUCUGUAUAUCUGUCUCUGAGAUUUCUUUCUUUCUCUGCUUUUUCAUUCUCUUUUUCUCUUCUCAUUUCUCCCACAUUCUUUUACUCGUUACGUUUUUCAAUUUUUUCUUCGAAUUGUUCGAUUCUGAUAUUCCGAGAUCGGUAUUUCUCUAACCCUAAGCGAUUUGUCGCUGUAUUGUUCUUCAACAAAUUGCAGUCUACUUCAACAAUUUGAUCUGAAAUUUCGUAUAUUAUCAGGCGAUGUUAUGAUCUUCGAAAUUCUUGGAGAUUUGGGAUAAUUUGAGUGUAAUUAGACUAUAAAAAUAGGAGAAUUGUUUCUCUGUAAGGGAUUUAAUGCAUCUGAUGAACUGUUGAAGGAGAGUGAUACAAAUUGGACAUGAGAAGCGGUUGGUUGUAUAAAUUUUCGCUCAUAUUUGGUCAUAGACUUCGCCAUAAUUGGUUCUUAUUGUGUUUCUUCAGUAUACUUGUAUUAGUUGCUCUUUUAAGUUCGUCGUCUUCCACAAGAGAAUUCGAGUCGUUAGUGCCCCCGAGAUUGCCCAAUGUUUACACUAACUAUAGGAAAUUGAAGGAGCAAUCAGUGGUAGAUUAUUUCGACUUGAGGUUUCUUGCAUCGCUAGCUAAUCCUAGGCAAAAGGAGCUUCCACUUUGUGGUAAAGAGAGGGAGAAUUAUGUUCCGUGUUAUAAUUUGAGUGCUAAUUUGGAGAAAGGGUUGAAGGAUGGUGAAGAGUUUGAUCGACAUUGUGAGUUGUCGAAUGAAGAGAAGUGUUUGGUUCGGCCUCCUAAGGAGUAUAAGAUUCCUUUGCGCUGGCCUGCUGGUCGAGAUGUGAUUUGGAGUGGGAAUGUGAAGAUCACCAAAGAUCAAUUUCUUUCAUCUGGAAGUAUGACUAAGAGGAUGAUGUUAUUGGAAGAGAAUCAAAUUGCUUUUCACAAUGAUGAUGGAUUGAUUUUCGAUGGGGUGAAGGAUUAUACUCGUCAACUUGCGGAGUCUAUAGGACUGGGUAGUGACUCAGACUUCCUUCAGGCGGGUGUGCAUACUGUGCUUGACAUUGGCUGUGGUUUUGGAAGCUUUGGAGCCCAUUUAGUCUCACUAAGAUUGAUGCCUGUGUGCAUUGCUGCAUAUGAGGUGACAGGCAGCCAAGUUCAAUUGGCACUUGAGAGAGGUCUUCCGGCUAUGAUUGGCAAUUUUAUUUCCAAGCAACUUCCAUAUCCUUCAUUGUCCUUUGACAUGAUUCACUGUGCUCAAUGUGGUAUUGAUUGGGAUGGAAAAGAUGGAAUGUUCAUUAUUGAAGUGGAUCGGUUGCUAAAGCCCGGAGGUUAUUUUGUUUUAACUUCUCCUUUGAUCAAACCUCAAGGUAGCUUGUUGACAAUAAAGAAAGGCAACAUGUUAACUCCAGUUGAAGAUUUCACACAAAGUAUUUGCUGGAGUCUUCUAGACCAGCAAGAUGAAACUUUUAUCUGGCAGAAAACAGCUGACAAAGAUUGCUAUGCAGCUAGGAGACAUGGGUUGCCUCUUUGCCAGGAUGAGCAUGAAAGUCAGUCAUAUUACAACCCCCUUGUCAAAUGCAUCAGUGGGACACACAGUAAAAGAUGGACUCCUAUUCGUAACAAGUCCAAUGGUUCUCGGUUGACCUUGGAAGAACUUGAAGUUCAUGGUAUUCAACAUGGCGAGUUCUAUGAAAACAAGGAAUUUUGGAAAUCAGCCCUCAGAAAUUAUUGGUCUUUGCUUACCCCCUUGAUAUUUUCUGACCAUCCAAAACGACCUGGUGAUGAAGACCCGUUACCUCCAUAUAACAUGGUACGCAAUGUGAUGGACAUGAAUGCUUAUUAUGGGGGUUUUAAUGCUGCAUUAGUGGAUCUGAAGAAAUCAGCAUGGGUCUUGAAUGUAGUUCCUGUGGGGACUCGCAACACACUUCCUCUUAUACUUGACCAAGGUUUUGCGGGUGUUUUGCAUGACUGGUGCGAGCCUUUUCCAACAUACCCUCGAACCUACGACAUGAUUCAUGCUAGUGGGCUUUUCUCCCUAAUCAGUUCAGAGAAAUGUAGUAUGAUGAACUUGUUUUUGGAAAUGGAUAGAAUUCUACGACCAGAGGGCUGGGUUAUUCUUUCUGAUAAUGUUGGAGCCAUAGAAAUGGCACGAACGCGUGCUACUCAGAUCCGCUGGGAAGCCAGGGUGAUUGAUCCGCAGAACGGAAGUGAUCAGAGGAUACUUGUUUGCCAAAAGCCAUUCUUGAGAAAAUAAUUAUUUCAUCAAUUAGAGUUUCACACUGCAAGAACUUCCGCGAUGGCAACUCUGCAGGGCAGAGUUUACGUGAAUAUAUAUACACAUAUAAAGAAGCUGCUUGGGCUGUUGACAAAUUUGGUUUCUUCAUCCUCAACUAUGGACAGGUUCAAGUUGUAGAUUAGGAGAAUAUAUUCAUUGCAAAAAAAGCUGCAAUUUUUUUGUAUUUUUUGUUCAUGCAUUUAUAGCAAUCCAUUCUUUUGUAAUUUUUGUUUCUCUUGCCACAAAGUUUUGAUCCCUUUUUUUCCAUUUGAUUGAUUAUUUCUUCUUUUUAUUGGUACUGAUCUUUGUGAUGAAGAAUUACUAUGUUUCCUAAGAAAGCAUAGCAAUUAACAAGCACAAAAUGUAAAAGGUGACAUAUUUUGUUAUGAGUGAAAGAGUGAAGCAAUCUUAUUUUCAUCA